AACUCAAUCCCUACACAGUGGAUGGGAAGCCUUGCUGUGAUUGGUCGGGGGCAAGUCAUUGUUGCGCUGUCAAUCUAAAUCACAUGGCCGGGACACUAUUAACAGCUGAGGUCUGCGGACAAGUUUCCAGAGUUCUGUUUCAGAGCAGUGGGGAGCAGAUCCAGCAGACGAGCACCGAGAAAUGAGAAGCACCUGGCAAUCUAACACCACAUAAGCUUUUGACAACUUUUUUUCCCCCCACACGAGACUGGUCAGUACUAUUUCUACCUCUCUUCUCGUCUUUGAUGGUAUUUGGUUCAACUUUUUCCGCGCCUGAGUGUACAUUUCAAAGACGUUUGAAUGUAUAACAUGAUGGAAACAGAGAUCAAGAGCCCGCUCCCUCAGUCCAAUUCGGCCUUAACAGCGGGCAACAAAAACAACAGUGCCAACGACCAAGAUCGGGUGAAGCGACCUAUGAACGCCUUCAUGGUGUGGUCCCGUGGACAGCGGAGAAAGAUGGCACAAGAGAACCCUAAAAUGCACAACUCCGAGAUCAGCAAGCGCCUCGGCGCAGACUGGAAACUUUUGACGGACGCAGAGAAGAGACCCUUUAUCGACGAGGCCAAGCGUCUGCGAGCCAUGCACAUGAAGGAGCAUCCGGAUUACAAAUACCGUCCGCGCAGGAAGACCAAGACUCUGCUCAAGAAAGACAAGUACUCUUUGCCCGGAGGACUUCUGGCGCCAGGUGCCAACGCUGUGAACAAUGCCGUCUCGGUGGGACAGCGGAUGGACAGUUAUGCUCACAUGAACGGCUGGACGAACAGUGCGUACUCCCUCAUGCAAGACCAGUUGACCUACCCUCAGCACCACAGCAUGAACAGUCCCCAGCUCCAGCAGAUGCACCGGUAUGAGAUGGCAGGCCUCCAGUACCCCAUGAUGUCCUCGGCACAGACCUACAUGAACGCGGCUUCCACGUACAGCAUGUCCCCCGCGUACACGCAGCAGACCUCCAGCGCCAUGGGCUUGGGCUCAAUGGCCUCGGUGUGCAAGACCGAGCCCAGCUCGCCGCCCCCUGCAAUUACCUCUCACUCUCAGCGGGCGUGUUUGGGGGACCUGAGGGAUAUGAUAAGCAUGUAUCUGCCUCCGGGUGGGGACAGCGCGGAUCACUCUUCCCUGCAGACCAGUCGGUUACACAGCGUACAUCCGCACUAUCAGACCGCGGGGACCGGCGUGAACGGAACGCUACCCCUGACCCACAUUUGAAAAAAAAUAAUACUAUAAACUUAAGUACUUCGGAUACUUGAACAUUUUGAUUGCUAAAAGAAUCGACAUUCAGUAGUUUUGUUUAAAAAAAAAAUGAAAUUUUAUUUUUUAUCUCAACGAGUUGUCCAUUUUAAAGCAUUUUAAAAACUAGCCUACAUAUCCUGGACUGAAACUGAAUGUUGAGCCCACCAGAGUAAAUUGCAUUGCAAAGAGGCUUUUAUCAUGAGUAUAAGCAAUCAACUUCUGUAGAAGAAUUGGACUUCUAUAUUUUAAUAAUGCCAUCAUAUUUUCUCUCUAUGAAAAAGGCAUGUGGCCUCGUGAAGAGGCCGUUGUAUUUCAGAAAAGCUGGACGGAAAGUUGGUUCAUAAAUGUUUACACUUAAUUUGUAGAAUGUCGGAAUGUUUGUCCGCUGUGUCCAAAUCUUUGUAGUCUUUUUAUUUUUCCUUCACAUGACCUAGGUUUUAAUGAAAUGUAACACUGUGCGGGUCGCAAGCGCAAGUUUAUUUAUAGUAUUUUUUUAAGCUUGUGUACGUCAUGUUUUAAUGUUCAUUUUUGUUUUGUGACCUUAUUUUCUGUGAUGUUUUGACAGUGUCAGGUUAACCCAUGUCAUGGGUCAAGAGUUAUUUAAAACUGACGUUUCUACUUAUUUUAAGACCAUCCUCUAUUCUUUAAUGAAUAAAUUUGUACGAAACAAUGUUA